CUCAAGUACAGCCAGCCUUUCCUGCUGGGACAAGCAUGAAGCUGGACAGACAUUAAUAAUAUCUGAAACAGAUAUCAGAUGUCAUGGAGAUCUUAAGAAUCAGCAGCUGGUGAAAGGACAGGAAGAAGAAUUAAGGACAAAUGGACACAAGGGAGAGGAAAUAGUGAUGUGCUUACAAUCAAGAAUCUGUAUGGGAACGGAUGUCAUUGACAUUAUUCCUCCGUGCUCUUAGAAGAAAUAAAUGAGGUUGGCCAAAGCUGGGGCUAACAGCGAGAGCUCACCCUGCUCCCUGGAUUCGAACCACUUCAGUCAACAAAUUGAGCAGACUUGGAAUUAGCUUGUGUUGAGAAGAGAGAGCCAGUAGAUAUCUGAUAGAAUGACUUCUAAAGAAUACCAAAUCUAUGAAGAAGACUUGAGGUAUGAUGACACCUCAGAAAAUUCAGAGGAACUGCUGGAUGAAAUCAAUGCUGAACAGUGGAGAAGUCUUAUGGACAAAGAUGGAGAUUAUUACAUGGAAAUGACAGAGAAUGAGAGUGAUCUUGAGAGAAGAGAAGAAAGUGGGAUUUGGGAUGAAAUGGACAGCAACUAUUUGGCCUGCUUCCUGAAAGAAUUUCCUGUCCAGAAACAAGAGAUUGAGAAGUCCAUCCAAUGCCUUCGGGAAAUGGCAGACGGCAUUGACAAGACCCACAAGGACUGCACCAUCGCCAGCAUUGCUGCCAACUCUACAAGUGCCUCUUCUGGCAUUUUGAGCAUCUUGGGACUGACCUUGGCUCCCAUCACAGCUGGCGGGAGCUUAAUCCUGACCGCCACUGGGAUUGGCUUAGGGGCCCUGGCAACAGUUACUGGCCUGUCCACUACUGCUUAUGAAAGUGUUAAUAAUUCAAAGGAAAGAAAAAGAGCAGAAGAACUAAUGGCCAAAUGCCACAAAACCCUACAAAAUGUCAUGCAUCCCCAUGGAACUGAUUUCAGCUCUGAGUGCCUACUGAAUAACGGAGCUGUUGGGGAAAACAUCAAGCAUCUUGUUUCCAAUGUUGCCAGUCAAGUUCCCAAAAUGUACAGGGCUGCAAAGGAAAUCCGAACAAACGUCAAGGCCCUGAAGAUUGCUCGAGCCAAUCCUGCCUUGAAGGCUUUGGCCAAGCGUGCAGCAGCUGCAGGAAGCACCUCCAAGCGGACCAUCAGGGGGCUCAAACAUGUGCAAAAGACAUUUGCAGGAACCUCUCUUGCAAUGAGCAAAGGGGCCAGAAUGCUGGGAACUGCCUCGGCCGGGGUGUUCCUCCUAUUUGAUGCCUACAGCAUUGCCCAAGAUGCCAAGCAUCUAACGGAAGGAGCCAAGGCAGAAACAGCAUCAGAGAUCAGAGAAAAGGCUAAAGAACUAGAAGAGGAUUUGUAUAAUCUCAACACAUUCUAUGAGGAACUGAAAAGAAUAGUUGAGUAAGAGGCCAAUGUGCCAAAUAACCUUCUUCUAGGAUGUGUUCCCUUUUGUUCCUCAUCUAUUUUGUUUUUGUUGUGGUCCUUCAGGUUGUUUGCAACUUAUGGUGAACCUAGUGUGAAACUACUACAGGGUGUUCUGAGGCUAAAAGUGACUCCCUGGUCAAUCUGGAAAUUGAACUCUGGUAUCCAGAGUUGUUGUCUAACAUUCAACAACUAUAUGAUACUGGUUCUUUCAUCACCCAUACAUAUCCUUAUAUAUCUCAUUUCUACAUAUCCCCCAGUAUGCCCAACAUAUCUGUCCUGAUUAAUCCUUUGCCAUCUCACUUUAUCAGCUGCUUUUAAACAAUCCUGAUCUCUGUCCUCUCCCACAUUGCCCCUUUAUCACUAGCUUAUGUCCACUACUGCAAACUGAGUUCAAAGUGCAUAAAUAGUUUGCAUUUAAUAACUCAGUGAAGACAGCGUUGGGGGGGGGGGGGGGAGAGAAACCUUGCUUUUGCAAUAGACUCCCAAAAAAAGCAAACUGCUUUCCAAUUAUUUUUUUACAAUUUUUCCAAUGUCACCAGAAAUAUUUCUGUUGGGUAUUGUGGAUGAAGAACUGGAUGGUCAAUAUGGAUAAUUUCUUGGAUUCAUGACAAGAAGCAGAACAUUGCUCAAGGGCAUUAACUGAAGCACCUUUUAUGCAAGAAUGGAUUGAAUCAAUGGAUAUGCUUAGGCCUUGCCGUGUUUCUUUGCUCAUGUUUUGUCUUAUUGUUUUGAUAUAUGUUGUUGCUAUGUAUACCACACUGACUAAUGUAGAAGUGUUAUGCA